AUGUCACCCUAUAGGUCGGUGUAUGGAAAAGCCUGUCAUCUGCCGGUGGAAUUGGAGCAUAAGGCAUUCUGGGCAAUGAAAACUUUAAACAUGGAUUUAGCAGUUGCAGGAGAAAAGAGACUGCUACAGUUAAAUGAGCUUGAAGAAUUCAGGAACGAGGCAUACGAGAAUGCAAAGAUUUACACAAAGAGGACAAAGAAAUGGCAUGACAGAAAUUUAGUUAGGAAGGAAUUUCAACUCGAGCAGCAAGUCUUACUUUUUAAUUCAAGGUUGAAACUUUUUCCUGAAAAAUUAAAGUCAAGAUGGUCUGGACCGUUUACGGUGGUCAAGGUAUUUCCAUGUGGAGUUGUUGAACUAAAAGGCAAGAAUCCAGAAACUUUCAAAGUUAAUGGGCAACGAUUGAAGCUCUACUUGGGAGGUCAUAUUGACCAAACCAAGUCCGCCAUAAUUCUGGCGCCUCUUUGA